AUGUCAUCCGAAGCCAGUGGUGCUCGUCUUCUCGGGCUAGACAGGUCGCCAGGCUUUUCACAGCCGAGAAGCCUACCUGAGUUCGAGCCUCCUACAGUACCAUUUGGAUCGAUGCAACCGGAUCUUGCAGACUAUCGGUCUUCACAGUUUGUUCCCCACUCGGUUGCAGCAUCGUGGAUACGCAGUGGUCUGGAGAUCAAGACGGUGGCUGGUCAUAGUCUGGGCCAACUGGCAGCCCUUUGCGUUAGUGGUGUUCUCAGCCUGCGAGACGCCUUGAAAAUGAUUUAUGGCCGGGCUUCGCUGAUCCAGAACAAAUGGGGCUCAGAACGAGGUCGCAUGCUCAGCGUGGAAGCAUAUAUCCCUACUGUUGAAGCCUUUGCAUAG